AUGAAUAACGAACGAUUGGGAGUUCCACUGGCUUCACGGCUUAUUUUGUAUGUAUCAGCAACGUCUCUUGUAUGUUUCACUUUAGGAUCAGUCCUGGGUGGCAAAAAGAGUGGACUACGUUUUUUUGCAGAAAAUGCACAUAGACUGCCAACUACGAUUGAUGGAUGGUAUUUCUAUCAUAAAACGAAGAAUUACAAGUUAGAAAGUGUUAUGCUAGGUGCCAUAAAAACAGGUGUUAAAUAUGCACUACGUACGUCUUUUUGGGUAGCAACAUAUGUAUGUAUAGAAGCAGGAAUGGACCACAUUCGUAGGUGUAUAGAUGUAGCGAACACAAUGUUUGGGACAGUACUAAGUGGAAUGACAUUUUCAUAUAUAAACCGACUUUCUCGUACAAUGGUUCUUCGUAUAUUUUAUUUAACAAAUUGUUUUGGAUUUGCUAGUGGGAUUUUACAAGAUCUUAUAAGAUAUCGAAAUGGACAAUACGUUUGGUAUCUUGAAUCAUAA